AUGCGUCCUCUUACCAUUCUCGCCGGCGCUCUCGCCCUCGUCCCCGGUGCCCUCUCCGUCGGCGUCGAGAAGUCGGUUCUCGUCACAUACAACCGCGAUACACCUAGUGUCAACAGCUUGAUCGAUCAGGCGAAGGAUGCGAUUUACAAGGCGGGUGGCAAGAUUACGCACGAGUUCAAGUUUAUCAACGGCUUCCACGCCAUCGUUUCCUCUGACGUCGUCGACACUAUCCAGAAGUGGGGCGGUAACUACAUCACGAUUGAGGAGGACCAGAAGGUUACCAUCACGAACUAG